CGAAUGGGGAGGACUGAAUGGGUUCAUUAGUUUGAGAUCUCUAAGCAGACACCUGACCCUAAGCAGAGGCAGAGUGGUUAUUUCCUUCGACAUUGAGAGGGGAAGAGAAAAAAGAUGGAUGCCACGCGGAAGCAGCUAUGACGACGUAAGGGAGCUGAAUCGGAAGUACUACGACCGCGAUUUCUGCCUCCUCUACUUGUCUGGGCUUUGCCCUCACGAGCUCUUCCAAAUAACGGUAUUCUCCUCAUUGAUUCGUUAAUCCGUUUCUCUUUUCUUUAUGCUUUGAUAAUUAAUUGUUAAUGGUUGAUAUCCAUUUUCUUUCCCUUUGAACCCUACUUUUAUGUUUUCGAAGUGAUUGUCUGUGUUUGGUUUCUGAGAAAAUUUGGGGUUUUAGAAGCAAUAGAAGUUUUUGGGGAUGGAUGGGGGCAAGGUAGAAGCCUAGAAGGGAAAGCCACAGAUAUACACCAUCUGGUUUUUAGAAUGUAGCCAGAGUUAAGUUGUUGUAACUCCUAAUUUUGGAAACCAAAUGGCUAGGUUUAUUUUAUAUUUGUUUUCUUUUUAAAUCUUUGUUUCUGUUAUAUAAAC